AGAGAAUCAAUUUCCUCACUUAGUAGGUACCUCAGAAUGCCGCACCACGCUGGUACCUUGACUAAGCUACGUCAUAGUAGUUGUCGACCUUGGCGACCAAUAGGAACGCUUUAAUGAGAAAUUGUGAGAAGAAUGUGAGAGUAGGUACCUGUUCAAUUCUGAAUUCAAACCGACGAAGGUACCGUACAAGACUCGCGGUACGUAUCUGAGGAUUCGGUGGUUCUAUAGUGGUACUCGUGCAGGUGCGGCUGUGAUUUUCAAUAAUUUUGUGAGGUUUUGUGUUUUUUGGAUGGUUUUAGGUGUGAUUCACUGAGCUGUUAAAUUAAAAGAAGUACAGUAUGCGACUCUAUUACCUUCUCUUCCUUCUCUCAUCGACGCAAGCACUGCAAAAUGGCGCUCCAACGUCGGCUUGCGACUCACUCAGACCUUUCCACGGUGGAGGAAUCCCACCCCAAACCGAUAUAUCCCCCUACACUGUUUUCGCCAAACAAACGGGAGAUGUAGUCCAGGUAUCUCUAGGAUCCUCGCUUGGAGUUCCAUUUCAAGGUUUCGUAAUCCAAGGAAGGACCCCGAAUGGACAGGUGAUCGGUACUUUUCAACUACCCGGUGGCACUUCUGGUCAUACCAUCGACUGCAGCGGGGCUGCAGAUACUGUGACUCAUACUAAUCCAGAUGAGAAGGAUUUAUUAAUUCUGAUUUGGGUUCCUCCAGUGGGAUAUGAAGGAACUGUUAUUUUUAAUGCGACAGUAGUCCAACACUACAACACCUUCUGGGUCGGCAUCCAAUCGCCAAGAAUUCAAAUUCAAAAAAGAUCAAUCCGCCAAGACGCCUUCUACAGUGGUUGUGGUGUUACGAAAUAUUGUUAUGGUGAUCCAAUUGACUGUGUUAACACGCAAAACUGUAGAGUCGCUGUAGCUAUAACUUCAGUAGGCGAAGCUUUUGAUUUCGAACUCAAAGCCAACGGCAAUCCUGUUUGGGCGGGAGUAGGAUUGUCUGAUGAUAGUAGGAUGGGAGAUGACUCGGUAGUGGAGUGUGUUAAGGAUAAUAGUGGAAGGAUCGAUGCGUUUAUGUCUUGGACUGGAGUCAAUCCUUACAGAGCGACUAGACUUGAAGAUCCCAAACAUGGAAUUAAUCUGUUGAAUAGCAGCAUAAAUGGAGACGAACUUUAUUGCAAAGUCAGGAGGGAUACCGUUACGAAUGUUAAAGGAAAUAUAUUUGAUUUAAGAAGAAACUCUUUUCACGUCUUGGUUGCCUCUGGAUCCUCAUUGAAAGCUGAAGGCGUCGGAUUCCACGACCUCGCCCGUCUAGCCAGUCCAGACCCCCAGGUUCUAUCCCCGAACUCCCAAUCGCUGUUCGUCACUAGAGGGGAAACCGGUAGAACCGAUACCACAACUCCUCCCUACUUCCAACCAGCGGCUCCAAAAGAGUCAUCGACAGAAUUCGACUCGUUCUACGAAGGUUGCGGUAAUGUUAAAUUAUGCUUCGGAUCACCGGAGGGCUGCAUAUCAUCCAGGAACUGCAAGGCUGUAACCGCGGUUACAGUCACUGGAGAAAUAUACGACUUUGAGUUAAAGGCUAGUGGAAACGUUGCAUGGGUUGGAGUUGGAUUGUCCAAUGAUACUAAAAUGGGUGAUGAUUCAGUUAUUGAAUGCGUCAAAGGUGGCAAUGGAGUCCAGGCUUUCAUGUCUUAUACUGGGAUUCAGCCUUAUAGAGCUGUCAGAUUAACUAAUCCUCAACUGGGCAUUGGACUGCUAAACUCGAGUAUAAUAGACGAUACGAUUUACUGCAAUGUCAGACGUAAUGCAAGGACAAAUGUUAAUGGAGAAUUUUUUAAUUUAAUUGAGAACUCUUACCAUUUACUGGUAGCAUCUGGAUCAGAAGUUACCCCUGGCAGCGUUGGCUUCCAUGAUGGGACAUUUUUGGCAAGUGGCGUGAAACAAGCUUUGUCAGACACUUCUGAAGUUGCUGCAGCUUCUAAACUUUUGAUUCAUCUCCAUGGCGCUUUCAUGUUAACUGCUUGGAUUGGUACCGCAUCAGUGGGUAUUUUACUGGCUAGGUACUACAGACAAACCUGGGUUGGCACGACCUUGAUGGGAAAGGAUCUUUGGUUUGCGUGGCAUAGAUUCUUCAUGGUUUUAACGUGGCUUUUCACCAUGGCAGCCUUCGUGUUAAUAUUCGUGGAGCUUAAACAAUGGUCUAACGAAUCCAAUCCACACGCCAUUUUGGGAACUGUGACUACCAUUUUAUGUUUCUUCCAACCAAUUGGAGCUUACUUCAGGCCGCAUCCAGGAACUUCGAAAAGAUCCAUAUUCAAUUGGGGGCAUUGGUUAGUUGGAAAUGCUGCUCAUAUUAUUGCUAUUGUUACCUUAUUCUUUGCUGUCAGAUUGACAAAAGCGCAGUUACCAGACGAAGUGGACUACAUUUUAGUAGCCUAUGUAGUGGUGCACGUUGUGACGCAUCUGUUACUUUCGGUUAUGUACUGCAUGUCCGAAAAAUCAGGAGACAGUAGGGUCUCGUCAUUCCCCAUGAAGGAUUUGGGAGGAUCAGGACGGAAUUCUGCUUAUAACGAUAGAAGCAUGGACUCCAGAUUUUCAACAGGAAGGAAAUUCAUUUUGGGAAUAUACAUUGUGAUAGUAGUGGUGCUAGUACUAGGACUUAUCCUCAUUACAGUUUUCGCACCGAUUAAAGACAAGUGGCCAUUUGCGACAUCGAACUAAUUAAAAAGACUUUCUUUAUUAUUAAUAAUAAUAAUUAAUAGAAAAACCUGUACCCAGAGAAGACUAAUAGAAACAGAAGGUGCCAGUUUAUCAAAGAUAGGUGGUUUGAAAACUAUAAAUUGGUGAUGUCAUGGAAAAUUUUAAUUUUUUUUUAAGAAUAGUUUUGACGACUACCCUUGGUAAUUUAGUUGAGAUAGUAGUUUUUUAACUCAAGCAAAACUAUUUUCAAGUUCUAUUGAUUUUUCUUCAAAGAUUUUAUUUAUUCCAAAGUUCAAGUUGUAAUUAUUUAAAACAAUUUUUAAUAAUGAUACGCGUAUAUGAUUUUAUUUAUUUUUUAUAUUAUAGAAGGUAAAAAAAAUAAUCCAAUUACCUGUGAAUAUAAUUAAAAUAAUUUCAAAAUCAAACCUUAGUACUUUUCACAUUAAUUGUAACUCAUUAAAGAAUAAGGUGUUUAAAUUAAUUCUAAAUUUUUUAAAUGAAAACAGUAUAAAUUUAGCAGCUAUUUUCUAUAUUUUGUUGGGGGAUUAAUGUUGAAAGGAUAGGAUUAAAUAAAAAUGCGACAGUGACAGAUCCGGUUAAUACGCUGGAUGUGGCAAAACUAAGUAUGUUUUUUCUGUAAUUUUUGAAUUGUGGAUUGGUUUGAUUGAAACGUAUUAUAUAUUUACUGAUUAUAUAAUCUGUAUUGUAGAAGAAAGUUUUCGUUUGAAUUAAGGAUAGGAUUAAUUGGAACAUCUAGUAAAAAAUAUACUGCCGUUUAUAAGAUUUUUAUUUAAUCAAUGUAAAAAGUUUAAAUUAGACAGUAUUUGCGCUAUCGAGGCAGUAUCCAGGAAUUUUUAUCAGUGACGUAAAAAAUAUUUCUGUAUGUUGUCGCGUAUAUUUUUAUUUAUAUCAAAUGUAGGUCUUUUACUAUUUGUUUUUAUAUAUUUUUUUGUAAAUAAUGAAAUGUUAAUUUUUCGAUUUUUAAACUUUUUGUACUUAUGUAAUGUUUUUACUUAUGCCUUAUUUUAUUUUUUAUUUAAUAAUAAAUCUAUGAUUGUUAGUUGUUGAAUGUUGACUGUGAAUAAAGUUAUUUUUAGAG